ACAUGGCACAUAUAUAUCAAAUAGUUGCUCGUUAACACCUAUAGCAGCUGCAUGAAACUAUUGAAAUAGAUUGCCAACAAUACUUUAAUAUCUGGUACAUUAAAUUGGUCACUUGGGCUUAACGUACAAACACUUUUCUACUCACCACCACAAGAGAGACGAACAGUUAAGUAGUGAACAGUUGUCCCCUAAGAUAUAGUCACUGGAGUAUGCAUCACCUAUGCCAUCCCUGGGGACAUGUUGCUAGGACAAAGUCGGUCUGUGGAAAGAGCAUACAAUUACGCCUGCCGUUGACGAUGCAACUCAGACAUUCAUCCCCUAUAAAUUAGCAGAUUAAAACGUUGUGUUGGCAGUGGCGAAUGGUGAAAAACAGAAUACCAGGAUGAGCAUUUCAGGUUGAGUUGUUAAGAAAUAUUGAUCCACAAUGAACUUUGGAUUUACAAAUAAGAGGGGCUUCCUUCCCUUGUGGUGUCCAUUUGCAUGGCAUGGCAGAACGUGUUUUUUUUUUCUCUUCUCUUGUUGGAGAUGGACCUUCUAAAAUAGUAUGAUCUAGGUAGGCAUGGCGCUGGAGAACGGGUCAGUAGAACUGAAGUCACGUGAUGUAUGGACUGCGUCCAUUCCGACUAUGAAGGAGGAAAAUCACACGGAGGCGAAUCGCACCAGCGCUCCAUCACCUUCACGGGGACGGAGGCCUCCCAGGUGGCUGGUAGCUGUCCCUCCAGUCAUACUCAUCGUCAUCCUUGCUGGGGGAGGCUUCCUUGCCUGGUACUUUCUAGUCUACAGAGUGAUGGUGCUGGAGCCUCGAGUGCAACAGCAGUACACAGCCGCCAUCUCCCUCCUCAACCGAAACUUCACCGCACAGCUGUCCUCCCGCAGCAGCGUGGAGUUCAAGACCGAGGCUCGAGUCCUGCAGGACGUGGUGAAGAACCUUGUGAAAUCAACUUACCUGUCCUGGUACUUCAACUCCACUGGUGUGUUUGCUUUUGGGGAGGGCAGCGUGGUGGUGUACUUUUGGCUUAUUCUGUCAGUGCCUGAGAGCCUUGCGGAGAAGGUCACCCCGGAUUAUGUCAAUAGCAGCCUUUACACCAAGCUGAAGGCCAUUGGGAACGGCGACACAGCCAGUUUCGAGGGAUACCUGCUGUUCAUACCCUCUCUCGCUAUAACUGAGUGUGAUGCCAAAGACAUAGAUCUCUUAAAAGCCUCCUUUGACUGUUAUAGGUACCAAUGGGUGCCCUCUGGGGCCCUGGUGGCCCUCCGGGGCCCCAACACGCAGCGCUCCUCCUGUAUCUGGCACCUGGAGGUGCCCUCAGGCUCCCAGCUGGAGCUGCGGAUUGAGUGGCUCCUCCCCGAGUGCCGGGACCGCCUGGCCGUGUACGACUCGACCGCACCCACCGAUUCCCGGCUCAUCACCUCACUGUACCGGUGCAGUCGUCUGGAGCAGGUCGUCAGGGUGCUGUCCUCACACCAGUGGAUGACCGUGGUGUGGAAACAGGGCCUCUACAACUACAAGGACCCAUUUUCCCUCUCCGCUCAGGCUUGGCCCUCUCGUGCCUGCUCGUCUGUGUUCGGCUUGCAGCCUGUUCUCAAGGUCCAGGGCACAUUCCAAACGCCCUUUUACCCCAGUUACUACCCACCGGACACUAAGUGCAUCUGGACAUUCACAGUUCCCUCCUUGGAUUUCGGGCUGAUUCUGGAGUUUGAGGGGUACGAGCUCAGCAAAGCCAACUACAACCAGGCCUGCACUCAGGGCCAGUGGGUGAUUCAGAAUCGCAGACUGUGCGGCACGCGAACCCUUCAGCCUUACGCUGAGCGCCUGUACCUCGUCUCCACUUCCGUGACGGUCACCAUGACCUCGGAGGUGUCACUCACUGGCCCUGGGCUCCAGGUCCACUACAGCCUUUUCAACCAAUCAGAGCCCUGUCCAGGGAAGUUCCUGUGCACGGUGAACGGGCUGUGUGUCCCCGCGUGUGACGGCAUAAAGGACUGUCCCAACGGCCUGGACGAGAGGAACUGCGUGUGCACCGCCCAGUACCGGUGUCCUGAGGACAGCCAGUGCCUGGACUACUUCAAGUUGUGUGAUCACCACGUAGACUGCCAUGAUGGAAUGGACGAGGAAGACUGCACUGCAGGUGUGGACUGUACGGAAAUGACCUACAAGUGUGCUGACGGGACUUGCAUCAAGAAGACCAACCCUGAGUGUGACUUCGUCACAGACUGCCCAGACGCCUCUGAUGAAAGACACUGUGACUGUGGGCUCCCACACUUUCCAAGCCGUGUGGUGGGCGGGCUCCAUUCCAGCGAGGGGGAGUGGCCAUGGCAGGCAAGCCUGCAGUUCAGGGGUCAGCACCUCUGCGGGGGGGUCCUCAUUUCCAGCCAAUGGGUGGCUUCAGCUGCCCACUGUUUUUACGACGACAGUUUCUACUCCGCCAAUGUGUGGACAGUCUACCUUGGCAAGCUGCUCCUGAACCGGAGCAGCCAAAGCGAGGAAGCUCUGCGGGUGACAGAGAUCCACCUGCACCAGUACUAUGACGACGACACGCACGACUACGACCUGGCUCUCCUGAGGCUGGAGCGACACGUGUCCUCUCGCACCCUGGCCCAGCCCGCCUGCCUGCCACCCCCCACGCACCUCCUGGAGCCGGGGCUGCUCUGCUGGGUGACCGGCUGGGGGUCACUGAAGGAGGGAGGUCCCGUAAGCAAUGUCCUGCAGAAGGUGGGUGUGCGGCUAAUCAGCGAGGACGUCUGCAACAAGUCUUACGGCUACCGGAUCACUCCCAGGAUGCUUUGCGCUGGAUUCCGUGACGGUGGCAAGGAUGCAUGUCAGGGAGACUCUGGGGGUCCGCUAAUGUGCCAGGAGACAUCUGGCCGCUGGUUCCUUGCAGGCGUGGUCAGCUGGGGCAUCGGCUGCGGCCGCCCCUACUACUAUGGGGUCUACACCCGCAUCACCAAGAUGACCGGCUGGAUCGAGGAGCUCACCUCCACCUAGAGGGACCUGACCUUCUCCAGCUCAGAGGAGCCUCCUUAAUAUUCUGAGCCUUGCGAGAUACAGAAGCCACAAUGUCUGCGCCAUGUUGCUGAUGGCUUCCUGCUGCUUAUUCACCUAUAAAACCCAAAAUACCUCUGCACCUUCUUGUAUGAAGGUGAUGUACCUUCUCUGACUCGCAGCAGCGAUGGCACGCAGACUCAGUUCCAAAGAUUAUGAUCAGUCUUCACUUCAAUUCAGUUUUAUUUAAUCUGCAUCAGAAAGCACUCUAUCAAAUCCAGCUCCUGCUUCCUUUGAUGCUGCCUACAGUGAAGCGGAGUGAGUGCAGGGCAGCUUUGGAACAAGACCGUAAAUAAAUGCCCAAGGCCGUCUGCUUCUCCCCAGAGCUGCGCUCUUCAGCUCUGAGGAAAUGCUCUGAACCACAAUGGCCUCAUUUUUAGAAUAAAGGUGACGGAAAGUCGGUGGUGGCAGAUAUUUUUUUAAUUCCCAGUAGAACCUCAAUCUGCAGUGAGAAUCACACUGAAUAUUUCCAUUUUUCUGCUGUUCUUCGUUUAGUCCUCAUAUCUAUGACUGAUUAUGGGUUGGGUUGAUUUUGGGACUGAUUUCCUCAGCACCAGAAAUCCUAUCUGUCAAACAUGCUCAUAAGAGCCCAGUACUUAACGAUGAAGUGAUUCCAUGAUCCAAUGUUCCGGACUUUGCACUUUACAACAAACACAUUCUUCAGCAAAAAAAAUCAGAAUCACCAGUGAACUGCUUUUGCAGGAUUUUGUAAAUUGUGUGAGUAUAUAACCAGUGGAUAUCAUACAGUUCACUGGAUAAUGUUUUUUUUUUCCUUGAAGUACAAAAUCAGUGUGAAUUAAUGAAGCUUCUUUGUUUGAAUGUCUGUUGAAUGUUAAACUAUGUGAUCUUGAGAUAGUUCAGGAAGUAGGACAAUACAGUAUAACCUGUAAUCAUUGUCAUGCCAUUAAUAAUCAGCUCAUGAGUAAAUUAGA